GGGAACGGUCUCGUGCGCAGCGUCGCAUUUGCACUUGCACUUGCAGUUGCGGCGCUGUUGUUUGAUAAAGGAUUCUCCGUCUCACGGUCUCACUACUAAUUAUUAGUCCACCGCUUGAGGGAGAGACAGACAGGCCAAGUGAUAGGCGUCCUGUGCGACAUCACGAUUCUGCUUGGCAAGCAAACACUGUGCACUUAUUGGCCAGUCUAUUUUCUGCGCGGCCCUCUUAUCAGCGGAAACCUGUCCCACUUGGUCCGAAUUGUUUCUCCUUCUAGACCAAUAUUCGUCGUUCGGUGCACUUGCUGCUUCAAGCAAGCUUUUCUGGGGUCGCAUCAGGAUUUUCGACGUAGGACUGGCUGCCUCCGUGCGUUUGACAGCCUGUACUUAUUAAAGGGCGAGUUCCUGCUCGGCUGGCCGCGAGGUGUGGACUUCUCCAGCGAUGGUGGAUCUGUCCUACUAAGACCUUUUUUUCAACACUGGUCAAUCGUGCUCAACCAUGACUGUCGCAGAGAAUGAUCACCCGGCUGCGACCGGAGAGAACCAGCAUGACGCUGUGCGAGAUCCGGCUCUCAAUCCGGCUAAUGAGCACCACCACGCGCAUCAUCACCACACGGCCUUUGCCGAGAAAGGUCGUGAGGAUGAGGUCGUCUACAGUCUUGGCACGACGGCUGAGAAAUCCAUCAUCCCCGACCCAAGUCCGCUCGACCACUCUUACCCUGACAACAAGAACACCGACGUGAGCGACCUCGAGGAUUUGGGUGAAGGCCGUGCCAAACGACCAUGGCAACGGCGGAUGAUCAAGCAAUGGCGCCAUGUGUUGCAUGCUGUGAUUUGGCUUUUGUUUACUGGCGGCUCAUAUACUGGCAGCUGGUGGAUUGCAGGCCUCAUCCUUCAUCGUUACGAUAUUGGCUGGUUAAUUCCGUUUCUACUGUACCUCGCCAUAACACUCCGUAUUCUGUUUUUCUACGUGCCGAUUACAAUUGUCACCGUGCCAAUGCGCUGGACAUGGGACCACACCGCAACACCACUUGUUCCUCUGAUUCCUAAAAAAUUGAGAUACCCUAGUGCCGGUCUACUGGUUGUUGCUGUGAUUCUUGUGGGCUCAUUUGCCUCGCCCGAAACACCACAAAAUACCCGAGUCGACCGUGUUGUCAGUCUUGUUGGCCUGGGACUGCUCAUAUUCACGUUGUGGAUAACCUCGAGAGACCGCAAGAAGAUCAAUUGGCAAGCAGUGAUCGUUGGAAUGCUGGUACAGUUCAUUGUGGCCUUGUUCGUUCUUCGCACGAAGGCUGGAUACGACAUUUUCAAUUUCAUUUCCGGCCUGGCCACCGAUUUGUUAGGAUUUGCCACCCAGGGCGUGGAAUUCCUGACGGCUACUCCCCUUCCUGAUCUGAUCAAGAACUGGUUUCUGGUCACUGUCAUUCCAGCCAUCAUCUUCUUCGUCUCGCUUGUACAACUGCUCUAUCACUUUGGUAUCUUGCAAUGGUUCAUUGGCAAAUUCGCCGUCUUCUUCUUCUGGGCCAUGCAUGUUUCCGGUGCUGAAGCUGUCGUCGCUGCUGCUUCUCCAUUUAUCGGUCAGGGAGAGUCGGCCAUGUUAAUUCGUCCGUUCGUAGCUCAUUUGACCGAAGCAGAGCUUCACCAGGUCAUGUGUUCUGGAUUUGCAACCAUUGCGGGUAGUGUGUUGAUUGCUUACAUCAAAAUGGGUGUGAACCCUCAAGCACUGGUCUCAUCCUGUGUCAUGAGUAUCCCUGCAUCUCUCGCCGUAUCCAAAAUGCGUUGGCCAGAAACCGAGGAAACGCUGACAUCCGGCCGUGUCGUUGUUCCCGACGACGACGAACACCGUGCCGCUAACGCACUCGAAGCUUUUGCAAAUGGUGCCUGGCUAGGCUUGAAAAUCGCAGGAAUGAUUGGCGCCACUCUUCUUUGCAUUAUUUCGUUGAUUGGCCUAGUGAAUGGCCUACUUACAUGGUGGGGUCAUUAUCUCAACAUCAAUGGGGAUGGCCUUACUUUGCAAAUGAUCCUGGGAUAUAUCUGCUACCCAAUUGCAUUCUUCCUUGGUGUUUCGCGCGAGGGCGAUGACAUUUACCGUGUUGCCCAGCUUAUUGGGUUGAAAAUUAUUUCGAACGAAUUCGUCGCCUACCACGCUCUUGUAACCGAGCCCGACUACGCUAAUCUCACUUCUCGCUCUCGUCUCAUUGUCACAUACGCUCUUUGCGGGUUUGCCAACAUUGGCUCUCUGGGUAACCAGAUCGGCGUGCUUGCUCAAAUCGCACCGGGGCGCAGCGGUGACAUUUCCCGUGUGGCGCUUUCUGCGCUGAUAACCGGUGCACUUAGCACUUUUACUAGUGCCAGUAUCGCUGGAUUGGUUAUCAUUGAUGAGUCCAUGUAG